AACUCAUCAGAGUCUCUCUCUCUCUGUCUCACUCUUUGGCUCUCAAAAUGGGGGAAGCUAAGGGAUCGACUCUAGUCUACAUCCUCAUCGUACUCCUCAGCUUAAUUGCCUUCGGCUUCGCCAUCGCCGCCGAGCGCCGCCGCACCGUUGGGGAAACUAUUCAAGAUCCAAUAUUCAAUACAACGUAUUGCGUUUAUAACUCUGAUGUUGCUACUGGCUAUGGUGUUGGAUCUUUCCUUUUCCUUCUCUCAAGUCAAUCAUUGCUUAUGAGUGUCACCAAAUGUAUGUGCUUUGGCAAAUCUCUAACCCCGGGAAGUGACCGAGCUUGGUCUAUUAUCUACUUCUUCUCCUCUUGGAUCACGUUUGUUGUAGCAGAGGCUUGUCUUAUAGCUGGUGCAAAGAAGAAUGCAUACCACACAAAGUAUUUGAAAGCUGGUACGUUUUCGUGUGAUUCAUUGAGGAAAGGCAUUUUCAUUGCAGGAGCAGUUUUUGUGGUUGCUACGAUGAUCCUUAAUGUUUACUAUUACAUCUACUUUACCAAAUCUGUCUCCUCAACAUCGGCUCAGAAAACGAACCGAUCCGGUUCCGCAGUUGGUAUGACGGUGGGUUAUGCGUAAACAGAGUUCAAAUCAGUGUAUAUGUCUAUGUUUACAUUGUAAACCUUUGUGUAGCUUGGCUACUUUACAUAAUUAUUCACUGCCUCGUAGUUGCGCAAUCUUGUUUAUGUUCCUGAGAACCACCAAGUGGUUGUAAGAACUAAGAAAGCAAGAUAUACAUUAGGGGCUGCAAAAAAUCCAUUUCACAUUGAACUUUUUCACAUAUUUAUA